AAAACAAUUCGCAAGACUUCAUUUUGCAAUGAUAGACACCGACGAGGAUCACCCAUUGCCAGAUGGGAUUGCUACGAUAAUGGCCUGUCCAAGAGCCUCCGACCUGACGCCGGAGGCUGGAGAGGGCAUAACAACGCUCGUAGCUCUGGACGGUUCCUCAAACUCUGAAGCAGCAUUUGACUGGGCUGCUAAAAACAUAGUUACAUCGGGGGAUACAUUAAUCUUGCUGAAAGUGCUUGAAGAAUCGCAGAUUGCAGAUCAGUACUAUGCGGAUCAAGUAAACGGAACAGAUAUUCUUGAGGAAACACUCAAGAAGACGGCUUCAGAGUUACUUCACAAAUAUGCAACAAGGUUGACUCAAGCUUCCCCCCAUCUGACAGAUGUGGAAGUCACUGCGAAAGUGAAAAUUGGAGCGCCACAGAUCGUGGCGUGUGAGGUGGCAGAUGAUCUGAACGUCUCACGGCUGGUCAUGGGCAGUCGGGGCCUGGGGAUGAUCAAGAGAAUGCUUUUUGGGAGUGUUUCUGCGUACUGCAUGGAUCAUUCUCAUGUGCCUGUUACCGUUGUGCGAGUUGAAGACGGUCAAUUGAAUAUCCAUGAGGGUGGUAACAAAGCUAAUUAGUUUAUCCAUGGCUGACUGGCGGCGCACAUUUAAAAUACGCUUUCGCUACGCCUCUGUAAACUUGCAAAUUCCUGUUCUGUCUUCAGUGGCUCACGGCAAAGGAUAUAGGCCAUCGAGUGGUGAUGGCAAUUGAAUAAGCCGUUUCGCGGUUUGCCAGUCCAGAUAACGCACGGUAAGUGACCCACAAACGGCCAGGAUGUAAAUACACUACAGUAAUGUCCCAGGCGGCGCCAAAUGUCAUAUUGUAUGUUUCUUCUCCUUAACAUUGCACAUGUACUUGGGCAACCUUGCGGAAUUUGCUAUCCGCGCUCUUCUCGCGCUGUGGUGCCGCCACGUGUGUCAAUGGGUGUCGAGGUAGCAAUGAACGAUUUGCGAAAGCGAGUUGGCUUUUUAUCUCCGUCGCUGGGUAGAAGGUUUUCUUUCGAGUCCUCUUCUCCAGGUUUAUAACUUCGUGCUUCACGCUCGCCCUGGAGCGUAAUUCUGACACUUCGAUUCAGACUGGACAUACUCGUUUGCUUCUUUAAGGCGGAUUUGAUUGAUGAAUGCGAGGAUGCUGUCGUGAUCCGACUGGCGGGAG